UCACCAGGAGGAAGCCCCAACCUCACCACCCAUGACCCAAAAGGCAGAUUGGGCUGUUAGCUUCACCCAGACCCGUGGGUCACACGUGUCCCCCGUGGUGUCACAGCAGCCAAAGCUCCUGCUCCUGCCGCGGUGACUCAUGAGCUGACAGACCCUUCCUGAAUUACUGAGGCAGGAAUUGCAGCUGUUCCCCAGCCCCCUCCCUUCCUCCUUGUCCAGUGUGUCAUAUUAAAGGGUGAUCGGCUUACACAUGCUGCUCUAUGGAUUCCUUAAGCCCUGCAGUGCUGUGUCUAUAUAUAAAGCCCCGAGCUGGAAGCUGAAGUGCACAGACAGCUGGGAGCACAGUGAGCAUUUCGCAUUCCCGCUGUGCCUGUGAGGCUGGGAGCUCUGCUUUGAGCAAGUUUCUUUGCUCAGGUAUAGGUGCAGCCACCAAAAUUUAUCCAUAAGAGGAGGACUGGGGCAAGGAACGAGCGGUUACUCCUCACCAUGGGUUUGCCUCUUGAUCAAGUGGAAGAAUUGCGUCUCUACCAGCAAACUCUUCUCCAGGAUGGACUCAAAGACAUGUUGGACCACAACAAGUUUCUGGACUGUGUGUUAAAAGUGAAAGGGAAGGAGUUUCCCUGCCACCGGCUGGUGCUGGCAGCCUGCAGCCCCUAUUUCCGCGCCAUGUUCCUCUCAGACAUGGAAGAGAGCAAGAAGAGGGAGGUCAGCCUGGAAGACGUCGAUCCAGAUGUCAUGGGCAAGAUCCUCCACUACAUCUACACCUCAGAGCUGGAGAUCACCGAGCAGAACGUGCAGGACAUCUUCUCCGUGGCCAACAUGUUCCAGAUCCCCUCCAUCUUCACCGUGUGCGUGUCCUUCCUGCAGAAGAGGCUGUGCCUCAGCAACUGCCUGGCCAUCUUCCGGCUGGGAUUGAUGCUGGAUUGUGCCCGGCUGGCCGUGGCCGCCCGGGAUUUCAUCUGUGACCGCUUCGCGCUCGUCUCGCGGGACGAGGAGUUCUACCAGCUCUCCCCCGACGAGCUGAUCGCCAUCAUCUCCAGCGACUCGCUCAACGUGGAGAAGGAGGAGAGCGUCUUUGAGGUGGUGAUGAAGUGGGUGGGCACCAAGGAGCGUGAGAGCCGGCAGAAGGCCCUGCCUGUCAUCUUUGAGUCCAUCCGCUUCCGCCUCAUGCCCGACGACUACAUCAGGGACCACGUGGAGAAGCACGCCAUGGUCAAGUCCAGCCCUGAGCUGCUCAAGAAGCUGCAGAUGGUGAAGGAUGCACAGAAAGGCAAAAUCACUGUGGUGAAGAAGAAGAAGGUGAAGAAGAACAGUGAGAACCAAGCAAAGGAGAGCGUUGUCAAUGGAGCAGUGGGUGAAGGGGAGGACGCAGAGGAGGAUGCUCUCCCUGGGAUCUUGAAUGACACGAUGCGCUUUGGGAUGUUCCUCCAGGACCUCAUUUUCAUGGUGAGCGACAGCGGAGCAGUGGCCUAUGACCCCAAUGCCAACGAGUGCUAUUUUGCCUCCCUGUCUACUCAAAUCCCAAAGAACCACAUCAGUCUGGUGACCAAAGAGAAUCAGAUCUUCAUUGUUGGAGGACUGUACUACAACGAGGACAGCAAAGAGGAUCCCAUGAGCUCCUACUUCCUACAGUACGACCAUCUGGAUGCAGACUGGCUGGGGAUGCCCCCCCUGCCCUCCCCUCGCUGCCUCUUCGGCCUGGGGGAGGCAGAAAACUCCAUUUUUGUGGUUGGAGGCAAGGAACUGAAGGAGGGAGAGAAGACCUUGGAUUCAGUGCUGUGCUACGACCGGCUGUCCUUCAAGUGGGGUGAGGCUGAUCCCCUUCCCUACGCGGUCUAUGGGCACGCAGUGGUGUCACACAAGGACCUUGUCUAUGUCAUCGGGGGCAAAGGAGGUGACAAGAAGUGCCUGAAGAAGAUGUGUGUCUACAACCCAGCCAAGUUUGAGUGGAAGGAGAUGGCUCCCAUGAAAACUGCCCGCUCCUUGUUCGGAGCCACCGUGCACAAGGACAAAAUCUACGUGGCAGCUGGUGUGACUGACUCUGGUCUGACCAACUCUGUGGAGGUCUACGACAUUGCCACCAACAAGUGGGACACCUUCACUGAGUUCCCCCAGGAGCGCAGCUCUGCCAGCCUGGUCAGCCUGUCUGGGGUGCUCUACCUGCUCGGGGGGUUCGCCACCGUGGAGACGGAGUCGGGGGAGCUGGUGCCAACGGAGCUCAACGACGUUUGGAGGUAUGAUGAGGAGCAGAAGAAGUGGGAAGGGGUGCUCCGGGAGAUCCAGUACGCCUCCGGCGCCACGUUCCUGCCCGUGCGCCUCAACGUGCUGCGCCUGACUAAGAUGUAGGCAGGAGUGACUGCUCCUCCUUCCACGAGGCAAGGAGGGAUGGGGAGAUGCUUACCAGAGAUGUGGCAUCUGGAUACUGCCCAGGACAUUGCAUCUGUGAUUGGUACUUUUGUGGAAAAGGGGGAAAGUGGGGAGAGUAUCUGGAAAAACUCUGGGAGCUUGAUGGUGCUUACAAGGUAAUUAAAGAGGGGGUCUGGAGCCUGCAAG